AUGAAGAAUGAAGAAAAUGGAGAGGGUUCACUAAAUAUUCCUGGUUACUAUUACGAUAAAAAAAAAAAUAGGUAUUUUUUAAUUGAUAAUGAACUAAAAAAGCAACUAAAAAAAGAAGAAUUUACUAGAUUAAUAAAUGAUGCAAAAAACAAAAAUCGCCAAACUAAAAUAGAAGAACAUAAAGAAUUUGUCAAAAAGAAAUUCCAUCAAAUUCAUGGAAUAAAAGAAAUGAAAAAAAAAAAAAAAAAUGCUAACACACAUAAAUCUAAUAUUAAAAAUAACGAAAACGAAAAUUAUAUGCUUUUAAAUAAAAAUUACAAUAUUUUAAAUAAUGAGGGAAAAAAUUUGCAUUUAAUUAAUAAUGAAUUAACUUUUUUAAAAAGAAGUGUGUCUGAAAACCAAAAUAUAUACAAUAUCAUUAUGCGCAUAAGAAAUUAUAAUUUUAUGGAAAACUCCAUUUUAAGCUUACCACCCAUUUUUAUUAAUUGUAACUGUUGCGAAUAUAUUCACGUACAAAAUUUGUGUGAGUUGCAGUCUAAUUACAAUUCAACGGAUCAACAAAAUGAAAUCAAAAGCUUAGACAACCAAAAAGCUUCCCAUUUUUUAAAUAUUAAAAGGGAUGAUAAUAUUGAUGUUUUAUUGAACGAUUUUAAAUGCUUUAAUUUAAGCCAAAAACUAAUGGAUGGAAAUAAAAGAAAAUAUAAAUUACAAUUAGAAGAGUUUAAUAAUGAAUUAUUUAACGUAAACAAAAAGUAUCGAAAACAGAGUAUAUGUAGUAAUAAAACAGAACUCGUUAGAAGUAAUUAUAGUUCAAACAAGAAAAUUUUUCCUCAUAGAUUUUCAUUGCAACAUGUAAAACGUGAAAACAUUAUAUCAAAUGGAUGUCAUAGUAUAGACGAACAUUUACUAAUUCCAAAAAUGUAUGGCCGAACAUACGAAAGGUUGAACUCUUAUAACAUAGAAAAUAUAAAAUCAAAAAUAACAGCGAAUAGAUACAAAGCAAAUUUUUAUUAUUUUUUUAACAGCAAUAACAACAAUGGCAGUAAUUAUGUAAGUUUAGAUGAAAAUAGCAGCAUGAAUGAAAUGAAUAAUACUAAUAACGUAAGUGGGCGCCAGUGGUUUACGUUUAAUAAUGCAUCAAAUGAUAUGAAUUACCUAGAACCCGGAGAUUAUCCCAAUAUUGAAGAAGAGAACUUAACAGUUAGGAAUUUAGAUGCAAUUACAAAUGAAACACGUGUUUCAAAAACGUAUAAACCUUCCGAAUCUUUUUUUUAUUUAUUUAGUAAUCCACAGUAUGAAGAUAUCAUUUUCAGCACUACGAAGGAAAAUAAUUUUUCAUUUAGUUUAGGGGCUGUUGAUUUGAACAAAUUUGUUCAAAAAAAUAAAAAGUCUCCUAUGAAUGACAUAAUUCAUGAAAAUGUUUACUACAAUACGGAUACCAAAUAUUUAUGUAGCUAUUCUAAAGAACAAAGUGAACUUCUAUGUAUUUCCCCACAAUUAUUAUCACAUUUUAAUAUAUUCAAUUCUGAAUAUAUUGCUUAUUCAUCUUAUGCAAAUACAAAAAAUGAAAAAAGCUUAAUGUGUUUACUAAGUAUAAAAUCAUUUUUUCAGUGCACUCCCAAAAUAGAAACAUAUAAUUUUAUAAGUGAAAUAAAUUACUUUAAAUUGUUUCCAUCUAUGGAAGAUAAUUAUUAUACGCAUAAGGAUAUCAAUUAUAGUAGUACAUGUACAAACGAUGGUUAUUCAUAUCAUCAUAACAAUAAAAUUGAUAAAAUUUUCAUAUGUGGAUCCUUCCCAAGCUUUAGUUUUAGUGCAAUAAAAGAUUCUGUUCCUUACUGUAUUUGGGAUAGUAAGAAAUUAAAAGUUCGCGAUUUGCUAUCAUUAAACGAAGAUAUAACAGCAUAUGUUGACAACAUUUUAAAUGCAAAACAACCCCUUACAUAUUUAACACAUGAAAAUAAUUCUCACAAAAAACUGAUAUUGCAUUCAAAAAAAGGUAAAGAAAAAGGAAAAAAGGAAAUUGAGAAUGAACAUGAGAAUGAAAGAAAAUCUUCGUAUGACUAUUAUGAGAAUGAUACCAAAAAAAAAUAUGAUAAUAAAAAUAAAUAUUAUAGUAAAGACUUAAAUAACAAUAACAACCUAAUUCAUUUAAGUAAGUGGGAAGCAUCAAAAAAACGACAUGAAAAUUUUGCAGAAAAAUCAAACUAUGUAGUCCAUAACCGUUUGAAUAAAAGUAGUCCAAAAAAAUUAUCUACUUUAAACAUAAAUGAUAAAGCGAGAAAUUAUAAUAAGCAUAAUAUUUCCCAUAAUUUCCAUGCACUAAAUUCUCCGAAAUACAAUUACAAUGACAAUAAAAAAAAAGGUAUUUGUUGUGAAAGUGUACGAAAAUCAAAUAAUAAUAUUUUUUUAUGCUGCAAUACAGAAUAUUUAUAUCUGUGCGAUUUACGUUGCAAUUUUUUAAAUACAAUAUCCAAACUUAAACACAAUGAAGGAUUUGUAAAUAAAAUUUAUUCAUUAAGUAACAACUAUCAAUACAUAUUAUCAAAAACUAAUAAUCAUAUAGGACUGUAUGAUAUGCGCUGUGUACCUUAUAAAUGUAAUGAUGAAUUAAAAAAUAAUUUACUAGUUACGUAUGAAAGAUUUAUAGAUAAUGAUAAUCUAAAAAAGCAUCUGAACGAUUUUUAUGUUAUAGAUAAUGAACAGUACAUUGUUUCUCUAGACACAUACACAAAUUCCGUAUAUAUAUAUGACAUUAUGAAUUCUACACAUAAAAUAAUCAAUUUAGAUGGAAAUUGUGAAUAUUCAAAAACGAACAUUUUGCAUAGUUACAUAAAUUUAUCAAAAAUACCAUAUAUAUAUUCACGUGAUGAACAUAACGAUGAUUAUUAUAAUUAUUAUAAAAAAAUAAUGAAUGAAACAAAAGCAACUGAUAGUAAACAUAUAAAUCAUUUCAAUCCUUUAAAAUCUUACCCCAAGAAGGACUUAUUUAUAGGUUUAAAUGUUCAAUCAAUAUUACCCAUUUUUUAUGUUAAACAGAAAUAUAGUAAGCAUAAUUUUAUUUCAAUAAAUGAAGGGGGGUUUAUUUGUACUAUAAAUAUAUAA